AUGGAACGCGUGGAGUUGCUUGGUUCGCUGGCUAACCCGGAGGCUCGCCUGUCACCGCUAGAUCUAGCCCCGUCUACGUCUUCCGUCAAUUUGGCGUCUUCGUCGCCGCCGCUUCCCCCCGUCGACCUGCGCAGUAUCCGCGACGACUCCUCUCAUCUGCUGGCGGUCUCGUCUACCUUGCGUUCCCCUACCCAGGGAGAGUCGAGUCUCUCGGCGGCUGGUUCACCGGGCCAAGUGCCUCCUCCGCUGGGAAUCCAGCAGCAGAGUCCGUCUCCGAACCCUCAAUCGCUGCCGUCUAUUCAACACGACGCCCCCUCCGAGUCGCUGACCUCGUCCCCGGACAACAGGCGGGAGGAGAGCAGCGUCUACUACACCACCGCUUGGGGCUCGCCGUAUGCCGCCCCCAGUCCUCGCCGCCUCUCCUGGUCUCUGAGUCAGUACGCCGGUGUAGGUCGUGAGUCCGGAGAAGACGGCUCGCCCGUCUCCACGCGAGGCGACUACCUGCCCUCCGAAGCCAAGAAUUCGGACUUUCUCAAGCCCACCGGAGGCAACACCACCUCCUCUUCCUCCUCUUCCCGACGCUUGAACAGCAGCCUGCUGCGUUCCCCGGGCAAGAGAAGCGGCAAGUCCAUCAAAGACUUCACCCAGGAUUGGAUCAACCAGUAUCUAUCAGGCCAGCCCAGGACCGAGCGCAGCAACUGGUUGAGUGACGAUUCCGGAAGCGAGGCCCCCUCCUUCAUCACCGCGCGCAACCAUUUUGCAGAGGACCUGUCCGACGACUGGCUCGGCUUGGACGACGGCCCCCGCGAGGACGAUAUCCUGAGAACACCCACCCUCGCCGACUUUUCCGCUCGCCGGUUAGCUCCUACUACCAACGGUAAAAACCCGACUACCAACGGCCUCGGCGAGGGCAGUAGUGCUCUGAGAAUCAAGGAAAAUCCUCACAAGCGGACAGAUACUCUGCGACAGGAGGAUUUCUGGGGCUUUGCCUACGACAAGGAUCCCCCUUCUUCUUCUUCGCGGAGCAACAAUUACAAGAUGGCAGAUUCCACCUCCAAAUAUCCGAUCCACCCAGUGGCCGAAAUGGGAGGAGCUCCUCCUAGAAUAGUUUCCCCCAUCGAAAAACCGCUUCCCCCGGCUCCCAAAGACCUGCCAACCGCCGCCGCCGCCGCCGCCGCCGCCGCCGCCGCCGCCGAGCAGCCGCCGUCUGCUUCCAUCUCGAUAACCAGCCCGCCCAGGGUGAAGGUGUCCUCCUCCUCCUCCUCCUCCUCCACCCCGGUAUUACGGACCAGGAAGAAGAUCAUCUGGCGCGGCAAGGCAUGCAUGAUCGCUCUGCCACUGGACGAUAAGCGAGGCACCGAUGAGGCGGCAUACCGUCUCCUGACCCGUGCCGACGUGGACCAACGAUUGAAAUAUUGGGAGCAACAAGGAUACGACAUCCACGGCUUCAACAUCGAAUCCCCCGAGGACAUCACAGCCGGAUUGGGCAGCCUAAGUCGAGCUCUCUUCCCUGAUCCCGUCGAGGCAUUGGAGGAACACAAAUCGUCGUCGUCGUCGACCAAGUAUACCGUCCGCGUGCCAAACAGGGCCGAAUGGGACGCCUACGUCCAGUUCCUCCAGGAAGAAAAGCUUCGGGCCCUCGGUGUCUCAUUGGGCGACGAUGAACCGCAGCCGUCAAUCUCUCCGGCCUCCAUGGGGCAGGGGACCCCCUUCACCGGCUUCAUUGCCUCGCCCCCGAUUCCGACAACGUCCGCUGCUGGUAACCCGCUUCUUCCAGGCAUGCCGUUCUCCCCCCAUUUCAACCAAUCGACAAAUGUCACCCCGGGGAUCGGCUCGCUGGCCUCCCCCGUCUCGCAGUUUGGUGCCCAGACGCCGUUCAUGGCAGGCGAUCAGAAUGGUAUUCCCGGUUUUCCUCUCCCGUACCAGCCAACUCCUCCGGCGCAGGGCACCUUUACCCCACAGGGCUUUUACAACCCUCGGCCGGUUGGAAUCUCGGCCACUCUCGCCGGUACUCUACCGAAUUUGACGUCCAUCCUGUCACCGAUUUCCCCUAUGAACAUGGAGCACGGCGCCUUUCAUCCGGGCUUCAGCAGCGAUCUGGACGCCUCCAAAGAAGCCUCCAUGGAUCCCAACAAUGAUGGGUUGGAAGAGUACAGGGUGCAAACCCCGGUCGACAACAUUCCGGACAAUUUCCACGCGUCACACGUGGAGAUCGCGCAACCCACUCCGCGCGGCCACAGCCACAAUCUCAGCGAAACGCUCCAGAAGGGUCUUGACCAGUACGCGCAACACGACUACCACCUGGAGGAAUCGAUUGACCGGCAACUGGACGAGGAUGACAAUCUCCCCCCCAACCAUGUGUUCAACGAGCCUGCGCUGUUCAAGUCUCGCUGGGCAAUGCCUGGGCAGGAAUUCCAGCCGCUUCAUGCAAAUCCAGGACCAGCCCUUCAACACCAGACUCCUCACUUGUAUGGUGGUGAGCAGUAUACUGCCGAUGACGCAGGCCACGACGGUUCAGAUUUUGAUACCAACCCCAGUCUGUCUGGCACUCCCCAGGUCCAUCAUCAUAAUCACCAUCAAGCCCACUCUAGCCGUGGUAUAUGGCACGACCACAAGCGCAGCACUGCCUCCUUCGCUUCCGGUCACGGCUCCAAGUCUUCUCUGUCAAAACUUAACGUCGAGGCCAAGGAAUUUGAUCCAACAAAGUCGUUUUCGUCUCAGAAUCCCGUCUUUCAGGCUGGCAACUUCCAAAUCCCGGGCGCUCCGCUUGCCUUUGGUGGAUUUGGCCAGCCUUUCAGCCCUGCUGCAAUGCCUCCUCCUCCUCCUCCUCCUCCUCCCCCUCUUCCCGCCAACGCUUUCAAUGUAGGUGCAGUGGAGUUUGCGCCCUCGCCGGUCACCAACGGGACCAAUGGGGGGUUCUCAUCCGGAUUCAAAUUCUCGGCCGCCUCUUUCAAUGUCGAUGCUCCAGCCUUUGAUCCGGACGGUGCCGCCAAGCCUUUUGUUGCACCGGCCGGUGAGCCGACGACGACCCAGACCAAGAUCUUUGAUAUCGAUAUCUCGGAGAUGUCAAAACCCACGAAGAAAUCGAAAGCAAUCCCCAUCGUCCGACCAGAUGACAUCGAGGGUGACCAGAAGAAGGUUGAUGCGGCGGAACGUGACAAUGACCGACCUGUGCCCCCGGAUCGCCACAAGCGCGCUCGUCGGCACGACGAGCAAGCGGAGGGCGAAGCCCAGUUCAGUACUUCCAGCCACCCUCUUGCGGAAGCUGGCAAUAUUCAAUCCACCUUUGUUCCCUCGUCUGCUCAGCUGCCGGCCGAAGGCAAGGAGAAUGCAGUCCCGUCCGAUGAUGCCGAUAGCCUGAUCACUGAGAAGCCAUCCACCGUUGCGAAUGACAAGGCCCUGGACUCGCUUGGUACACCGAUCAGCGAGGCCACGACAUGGACUCCCUAUGAGUUCAAGAAUGAAGCCGAUGUGGCUGCGUUCAGUGCAGCAUCACCUGACCUACCCGGGCAGCACCAGAGGCAGAUUUCAACGGUCGAAGAAGUCUUGUUUGACGGAACGUUACCAGUCGAGCUGUCUGAUGAGAUGAAGGAAGAGCCUGAACCGGAGUCACCGAAUGAUAAGAGCUCUUUGCUGUCGCCCGCUGCAAAGCCCUUUCAGUUCAAGGCUGUUGUGCCCGACUUUGUACCGAUCACAACCAACACUUCUGAAGAGAUCCAGGAGGAGGUCAAGCCAGAGAAAAAAUCCGGCCUCAUGGCCUCCCGCUACGCGGUUCCUACUGUGCCCGUUCCUCAGGAAGAUGUGCCACAACAACAACCACAAAUGCAGGAGCAGAUCGAUUCCACAACUGACAUAGACGAUCAUGCAACGCAGCAUGCUGUCGUCCCUCGAAUUGAGCAGCGCAUCCACCAGGACUCGGACGAUGAAUCACCCGACGAGGAGGAGCUGAACGCCAUCAUGGAACAGCUCAACGAGGACUCGGAUGUUGGAAUCGAAAGACUAAACUCUCCCCUUCCCACUUUUGAACAGACUCCUGAACCCAACACCGAGGAUCUCGGUGCGGAUAUCCACCACCUCCUACCUGUCAAAACAAGAAGCGAUGCACCGAGUCCCAGCCCCAGCAGAGCUCAUCACAAAUUCAUCCUGGACGUCCCGAAGCUUGGCUCAGAUAUUGAGUUCCAGUCACAGGCAGCCCUGUCGUCCAACCGUGGCCUGCUCUCUGGUCUGCAAUCACCUGUUCGCCAACUGAUCAGCCAUGAUGAUCACAUUAGCGACUGGGACGAUGUCAUAUCGUCAGGUGAGGAAGAGAAGCUAGCUAACCGCAGUCGUUUCUUCGAUCGUCGGAUCAACGACAUUGUAGGCGCUGCCAUUGAAGACCGUCUCUUCCCUCUGGAGCGUGCACUGGAUGUGAUCCAGCAAUCGGUCGCGUCCGUCGUGGACAGGACGAAUAAUGGCCGAAGGACCCUAGGAAGCACGUCUGCCGAAAUCGAGAACAGUGACGCCGACGACGAGGAUGGAUUCGAGGAAGAAGACGUCUCGUACCGGACGAAAUCGUCGUUCACAAAGCGGGACCGCAAACACGAUCGGUUGAGAAACAUCAUCUUCGAGGCGAUGUCCAACCAAGAUAUGAUCAAAGCCGAGGCCGCCGAGGCUUCUGCGGUCGAGCUGGCGCAGCUCCGCGAGAGCAUCGCCGAGUUGAAGGAGGCGACCACCGAGAAACUGUCGCAGGACUCAUCGUCCAACCUGAGACUCAUGAUCGAGGAGGUCGUUUCGAGCCAGUUCAACCAACACAACACGCCCAAGUCCGAUGCCGAGGAGAUUGGUGCCGACAGCCUGAUGCUUCAGAUUAGCGGUCUCAAGAGCAUGCUGCGGCUGGCCGACGACCGCGCAGAACAGGAGUUCAAGGCUCGCAAGGAUGCCCAGGACUCGGUUGCCGAGCUUCAACGGCUCCUUAAGUUUGCCGAGGAAGACGCUUCCCGGCACCGGGACGCCGCCGAAGCCGCCGAAGCCCGUCUGCUCCGGUUCAAGGAGGAGAAACUGCCCUAUUUCGAGGAGGUGCAGUUCCGCUCGGAGAAGCUCACACAGCAGCACGAGACGCUGGAGAUCACGCUCGCCGAGAUUUCUGCCAAGAACAUUGCCCUGGAGGGCACGCUGGACGAGUACCGCGUGUCGAGCGACCACUGGCGGCGCGAGAUCGACGAGGUCAAGACGGAGAACAAGGAGCUCCGCACCACCGUCAGCCACCUGAAGGGACGACUCGAAGACAGCCUGAACACCCGGAAGAGUCUUGGCGAGAAGUUCGAUCGCCUACAGGAUGAUAUGGCGUCUGCGACGCGCGACAUCGCUCGCGACCAGGCGUCCUGGCGCAAGCGGGAAGAGGACCAGACAGCCCGGUACAACUCGCUACGCGCGGCGUACGACCGCGAGGUCAAGCUCCGCGAAAAGCUUGAAUACGACAUCAAUGGAUUGGAGCAGCAGGAGCGCGAGGCGGCCAAACUGCGGUUCAUCUUUGGACAGUCUCAGCAGGAGAAUGCCCGACUGGAGGAACUGGUGGCCAAUCUACGACUCGAAAACCAUGAUCUACAGGGUAAAGCCGCGCGCUUCGAGCGCGAGUUCAACGAGGCCCGGGAGAGCAGCCGGGUCGAGAUCCAGCGCACGAGAACGUCGCUCGAGGCCGACCUCGACGCCGCCAACAGUCAAGUAAAUAUCGUGCGUGCCGAGCUAGAGGCGCAGAUCAUCCGUCUGCAGAGCCAGCUGGACAACGUCCGGCUGGACGCCGAUACGAGUCGCGAAAAGUACGAGUUACUCCUGGAGGAGGCCAGCGAGGCCAAGGCCAAUGCGCUUGUCGCGGCGGUCGAGUCCAGGGAGAUGGCGCUGGACGAUCUGCGCAAGAUGCACGAGCGGGUGCUGAACGACCUGUGUGAGCGACAGGCGCAUGCCUUGGAGACCUCCUCCGAGGACCGGCAGCAGGCGGAGGCCCACUUGAGGGAACGCUUGGCCCUAUCAAACGACAAGGCCGAGCACCUGCAAGAUCGCAUCAGCCAUCUGGAAGAGAAGCUCGAGCUGGCCAAGUCCGCUGCCCGUGCCGCCGCUCAGGCUGCGCAGAGCGCCAAGGCAGUAGCAGCAGCGACCGCUUCCCCCCCCACCGGCUCGCAUUCCACUUCGCCAUCCAUGUCCUUCAGCAAGGGCACCAUGAUUCCCGAGAAGAUCUCCCCGCAGGCGCUGCGCGAGUCGAUCCUCGUCCUCCAGGAUCAGUUGCAACAGCGUGAAACCCGGAUCGAGCAGCUCGAGCAGGAUCUCUCUGCCGUGGACCACGAGGCGCCAAAUAAGAUCAAGGAGAAGGAGACGGAGAUCAGCUGGCUGCGUGAGCUCCUCGGUGUUCGCGUUGAUGAUCUGCAAGACAUAAUCAAUACCCUCUCACAACCGUCCUUUGAUCACCAGUCGGUCCGCGACGCCGCCAUCCGCCUCAAGGCCAACCUGCAGAUGCAGCUUCAGGAGCGAGAGCGGUCACCCUCCUCCCCCUCCGGCCAGGGCUUUCCAUCUCUGCCCUCAUUGUCGACCCUCACCGCGUCCCCACGCACGCUUCCUCUAGCCGCAGCCGCAGCAUGGGGCAACUGGCGCAAGGGUAAAGAGAGCAGCGCCACCAACGGCUCAGAGCAGACUCCGUCCAAGGCGACCACCGCGGGCUCAUUCCUCUCCGGACUCCUUACCCCCCCAAGCUCGCACGUUCGUCAGCCUGCGCCCUCCAAUAACCCAUCGUUGGCGGCGUGGCAGCGGUCAUACUCGGAAAGCCGCCCGUUAAGGGGCUACCAUUCUUCUUCUAGUCAACGGCCCUUGUCUGGACGGCAGAUGUCUGCCAUGGUUGAGCCUCCGACUACGCCGCCGCUGCUUCGAAAAUCAAGCUACGAUCAUGAUGCCGAGCCGGCGAGCUUUGCACAGAGCCUCUUCGGCGAAGAGAUGCAAAGCACCCUCGCCAGCGUGGUCUCUGUGUCUCCUAAGGAUUCAUCAUCAUCGGAUGUACCCUUGUUCGGGCCGCGGAUUGUGUGA